GCCGCUCCCCACGGCCGCCCAGCGCACGGCAGCCCGGUGCGCGCCGCCGUCCCGCCCGGCGGGCCAUGGACUCGGACGCCAGCCUGGUCUCCAGCCGCCCGUCCUCCCCAGAGCCCGAUGACCUCUUCCUCACGGCCAGGAAUAAAGGCAGCGGCGGGGGCUUCACGGGCGGCACCGUGUCCAGCUCCACGCAGAGCGACUCCCCGCCGGAGCUGAGCGCCGAGUUGCGCAGCGCCAUGAGCGCUGCCGGGGUGGUGGUGGUGGACAAGCUGGGCUUCAAGUCCUCGUCUUCAUCCUCCUCCUCGUCCUCCUCGUCCUCCUCCAAGAAGGACAAGAAGCAGAUGACGGAGCCGGAGCUCCAGCAGCUGCGGCUGAAGAUCAACAGCCGGGAGCGCAAGAGGAUGCACGACUUGAACAUCGCCAUGGACGGGCUGCGGGAGGUUAUGCCUUAUGCCCAUGGCCCGUCGGUGCGCAAGCUCUCCAAGAUCGCCACGCUCCUCCUGGCUCGCAACUACAUCCUAAUGCUCACCAACUCCCUGGAGGAGAUGAAGCGCCUCGUCAGCGAGAUUUACGGCGGGCACCACGCCGGCUUCCACCCCGCCGCCUGCCCCGGCGGCAUGGGCGCCCACUCCGCCCCGCUGCCCGGCCACCCGGGCCACCCGGCCUCGCACCCAGUGCACCACCCCAUCCUGCCCCCCGCCGCUGUCUCCAGCGCUUCCCUGCCGGGCUCCGGCCUCUCGGCCGUCAGCUCUAUCCGGCCCCCCCAUGGGCUCCUCAAGUCUCCCUCGGCCGCCGCCGCUGCCGCCCCUCUGGGCAGCGGCUUCCAGCACUGGGGGGGGAUGCCCUGCCCCUGCAGCAUGUGUCAGGUGUCGGCCCCGCCGCACCACCACGUCUCCGGCAUGGGCACCGCCAGCCUCCCCAGAUUAGCCACUGACACCAAAUGA